GGGCGCAGGAUGGGCUUGCCGCACCGCUCUGCACUGGCCGCUGUUUUCAGUGUAAUUUUAAUUACAGGGCUUGCUGGAAGAUGUGGCAAUAAUCACUGGCAGUGUGAUGAUGGUGCCUGUAUUCUCCGCUCAUGGAGAUGUGAUGGAGCAGGUGACUGCCUGGAUGGAUCUGAUGAGAUGGACUGCUCCUGCCCCCCAGAGGAAUUUGAGUGUUUCGAUGGCACAUUGUGUGUGAGGGGGUCAGUAGUGUGUGACGGCCAAGCCCAGUGUCCAGACGGGUCUGACGAAUUAAACUGCAGUCGAUUUGUGGGCUGCCUCUCGGGUGACUGGACAUGCAAGAACCGUAUCUGCAUCCCAGUGAGCCUCCAGUGCAAUGGAUUUGAUGAUUGUGGAGACAACUCUGAUGAAGAAGGCUGUGGACAUUGUGGAGAUCUGAAUGUGCGCUGUCCAAAUGGAACAUGUCUCUCUCUGAGAGAGAGAUGUGAUGGAGUUGCCCAGUGUCCUGAUGGAAGAGAUGAGCCUGUUACAUGUGGUAAGCUGUGUAGAGAGAAAAAUGGUGGCUGUAGCCACACAUGCACUGACCAGCUUUGGGGGGCAGCGUGCUCUUGUCCCAGUGGAAUGAAGCUAUCUGCAAAAGGAGCCAAGUGUGAAGAUAUUGACGAAUGUGCCCAGCCCUAUGGACCCUGCAUGCACACGUGCAUUAAUACAAAAGGAUCCUUUCAGUGCGCAUGUCACCCAGGUUUCCAACUACAAGGUGGUAAUGUGUGCCAAGCACAAGGAAAUGGCACAAAACUACUUUCCACCAAGAAGCGACUUAUUGGCUUGAUUGCUGUAAAGGACCGAACAUUCAAGACUCUCAGUGUGAUUAACAGUAAUCCAGUGGCUCUGACUUUUGACCUUGCGAGGAACCUUGUUUUUUGGGCUGAUGGGAAUGGAAACAUUUAUAAAACAGAGGAUCAGAAGAACAAAGUCAUUUAUUCAGGUCAGACUGGCAUUAGGUUUCUAGCUGUUGACUGGCUCAGUGGACAACUUUACUGGACAAGCUCUGAGCUAAAAGGCAUUUAUACUGGAGCAUCUGAUGGUAGUGCUGUUGGCCUAGUCAUGUCCAAAGAUACUGAUCCAGCAGAUUUGGUCUUACUUCCCACUGAAAGCACCAUGUUUUGGAUUAAUAAAGGACCAAAAAUCCUAAUGACUAUUGAGAAAGCUGGGAUGGAUGGCUUCUUGAGGACCUCACUGGUUGCCGUCACUGCACAGUCACCGAGAGGCCUUACAUUAGAUGUGGCAGCCCGAAGGUUAUAUUGGCUAAGUGAUUUUAAAAAGUCAGUUGAGACAGUAAAGGUGGAUGGUACAGGACGGUACACCUUUCGUGAGUUCUUUAAAGGACGGACCGCUCAGAAUCUGGCUGUGUUCAAUGGCUGGUUCUACUGGGCUGAUGACAGGCGUUUGUGGCAAGCCCCUGAAAACCAGCCUAGUCAAAAGAGUUUUGUUCUGAAGGGAGAACUUACAGCCAUGAUGGUCUAUCAUGAACUCCAGCAACCUCGAGGUCUUUCUCCAUGUAGAAAGUCAGGCUGUCUGCUCUGCAUGCCCUCUCUAACCAGCCCUACUGGUUUCACCUGCUCGUGCUCUGAGGGAAAGCUUCCUGUGCAGGAUGGUUCAUGUGAAUGUUUUAAACUUGCCUAUGCGUCACCAACAAGCAUAAACACACUGGAAUUUACAACAGAUGGUCCUGUAAAAUUUACAAUGUUCUCUGACGAGGAUAUUCAGACUUUUGACAUGGAUUGGAAAAGAGGAUUGGUGAUUUGGGCCAACCUUACAGGCCAUGUGAAGGCUCGAUUGCUCAGAGAGGGCCGCUCUGAAUAUAUACCAACUCUAACGCCUGAGCACUUCAAACCAGUUGUACCAGGCAAGUGGUGA